CCUGCAAUUGCUUCACCAAUUUUUAAACCGGAAAGAAUUACUGAUUACCUAUCGAUAAGAUGCAAGCAAACUUCCCACACUAAUUUUUGCAAUAAUCUUGGAAAGUAUAAAAGUGAGACGAUUUCAGAAUCGUCAGUUAUUGGGUGGCUUGACAGUAGACAUAAAAUGAAACUAAACCCUUUGAUCUUAGUUUGUGCUAGUGUGUUAUUUGCUGGUUCGGCCGUAGCACAGUCUUUGUCUGACAUUCCAGCUGUUUGUGCUAGUUAUUUAAAUGGAGCUAGCUCGAUUAAAGGACAGAAUUGGGGGAGUUAUGCGAAACCAUCAGGAGUUUAUGGACAGUUAACUGGAGUUGGGAGUAGUCCCCAAACCCUCAGCUUCCCAUCACAAUCUAGUUACAAUUAUGGGGCCGGUUCUACAAACUCUCUACAAACUCCAUCUACCCAAAUUGAAGGGUAUUCACCAAAUAAUCUUGGUGCUAACUCUGUGAUAGAUUCCUCUAAUUAUGGUUCAUCUUCUAUUGGGUCUAAUGCUGGGCAAGGUUUAGGUUACCAACAACAGUUACCAGUCUCUACUAAUUACGAAUCAAGCGGAAAUAUUAUUCCUAGUUUAGGAUUAAAUGUGGGACAACCUAAUUCCAUCCCAACAAACAACUAUGGAGGAAUGAGUGGUGAACAAUCAUUCAACUUCGGUCAAGGAACCGGAUAUGAUACUUCUCAAAAACCAAAUGUUCUUAUUGGAGGUAGUGGCAUACAUUACGGAGAUGCUAGUCAAGGACCAUCACUUAGUGGCACCUUGGCACCAAGUGGAGGUGUGCUUAAACCAGGAUAUGACACAGGAGCUCAAUUACAAAGUGCAAGCUAUGGUCAAUCGUCAGGAAACGCACUAGCAUCCCCGACGACGGCCACUUCUGGAGGACUUGGUAAUAUUAGACCAUCACAAUCAUUGGAUACAGGGGUGCAAAAUAUCGGUUUUGGUCAAUCAUCAGAAGUUCAACCACAAAUUAUUAGUGGUGGCUACGGAUCUGGAAAUGAUGCAGGAGUACCCACUUUUAAUAUGCCAAUAAAUAAAGAUCUGGGUCAAGGAGGUUAUUUUGGAAAAGCUUCUAGCAAUUAUGGAGCUAACACUCUUGGUGCUACUGGAGGAGAUGCAAAUGGUUAUAUUACCUCUGGUGGAGUUAGUUUAGGAAAUGGGGUUGUUCCUACUCGUGGUUCAAAUAACCUUGGUUUUGUUGGCGGGUCUGAACGUGGUGGAGAAAGUGGAUAUGGUUAUGCCAAAAAUUCACCUGGUGGUUUAAGUUUUGAUACUGCUCGAAGUGCAAAUGGUUUAGAUGGAUAUAGUUAUGCUAGCAAUGCAGGUCCUGGAGGAAAAGCCGGUCUUAACGCCGCCGGUGGUACAAAUGGUUUGCAGGGUUAUAAUUAUGCCAGCAACACAGGUAGUGGAGGAAAUAACGGUCUUAGUUCUGUUAGUAAUGGAUAUGGAUCAACUGCCACUGGUGGUGCAACUGGUUUGUCUGGAUAUGGUUAUGCCAGUAAUGCGGCUGGCAAUGUUGGUGUCGCCGGUGCAGGAAAUGGAGGUGCUGGAGUAAGCAAUAGUAUUGGUGUUGGUGGUGGUGCAAACGGAUAUAGUUAUGCCAAUAAUGCAGCUGGUAGUUCAGGUCUUACUGCCAUCGGUGAAGGAUAUAGAGCAAAUGGUGGUGCUGGAGUAGGCAAUGGUAUUGGUGUCGGUAGUGGUGCAAACGGAUAUGGUUAUGGUAGUUCAGGUCUUACUGCCAUCGGUGAAGGAUAUGGAGCAAAUGGUGGUGCUGGAGUAAGCAGUGUCGGUGGUGGUGCAAACGGUUUGCAUGGAUAUGGUUAUGCCACUAAUGCAGCUAACGGUUUGGGCUACGGUAAAGAAAAUAAUGGUGUUGGUGCAGGAUAUGGAAGUGCUGCAGGAUCUGGUGUUAUUGCCGACGGCAGUUUUGGCGCUGACGCUAAUGGACUAAAUAAUCUCGCUUCUAUUGGUGGUGCAAGUGCUGUUGGAGUUGGCCAAGGAGCAGGUGCUGGAGGUUUAGAUAUAAACUUAGGUAAUCUUGCAGCUGCUAAAGGAAAAUCUUUGGCCUAUGCUCACUCUGCCGAACAAUCUGGUGCCAAUGAAAAAUCAUCGAGCGAAGUUGAUCACCACCGCGGCCCAGGAGUGUACCGUUACCACGCCAAGAAACAAAAUGAGAGUUCCAAAUUCCAUACAAAAGUACAAAAAUUUGUCAUUCAGUCCGACAGAAGGUCUCGUUGAAAUAACUGAUUUUUUAAAUGUUUGAUUUAAUAAAGACAUAUUUAUUUAAGUAA